CGGAAAAGUUGGUAUGAUCCAAGCUGUUCGGCAGAUUUUGUCUAGUACACACACCUGUUCCUUCAGGUGGACAAAAAGAACAUCUUUAGUUAAGGUUCUAAAAUUCUUCAACAGCUAAAGCUACCAGCAGCACUUGGGGCAACAAUGUCGAUCAGGGCAAAGAGGCUGCUGGUUCUUCUGCUGAUCAUCCUGAAGGAAGCUGGACCGACCGCAGCCUGCAGCAGCAGCUGUUCAUCAGACUGUGACUGCAGCAGCAGAGGCCUCACCAGUGUUCCUCAGGACCUGCCUACAACCAUCACUCGACUGGUCUUGCAUCUAAAUGCCAUCACAGCCUUGAGUCGGUCUGACUUCUCAAGGUAUAGGAACUUGGGAAGAUUAGAUGCUAGUUCUAAUCAGAUCUCCAUUAUCAAUAACGGAACAUUUCAUGACUUGACCAGCUUAACUUACUUGUACCUUAGCAACAACCAGUUAACCAAUCUUACUGCUGAUAUGUUUGAGGGGCUUAGAAACCUGCAGGUCUUGUGGCUUCACCAUAACCAGUUGAAAAGUCUGCCAGCUGACAUAUUUGAAGGACUUGGCAGCCUGCGGAACUUGUUUCUUUCCCAUAAUCAAUUAAGCAGUCUGCCAGAUGGCAUCUUUGAGGGGCUGGGUAGUCUGGGGGACUUGCGUCUUGACCAGAAUCAGUUGUCCAAUCUGUCAGCUAGCAUAUUUGAGGGACUUGGUAGACUAGGGGGCGUGUUUCUUUCCGACAAUCAAUUGUCUAGUUUGCCAGCUACCAUAUUUAAGGGACUUGAUAGCCUGCAGGACCUACGUCUUGACCGGAAUCAGUUGAGAAAUCUGCCCCCUGGCAUAUUUGAGGGACUGGGUAGCCUGCGAGUCUUGAUACUAAACCAGAAUCGGUUGUCCAACAUACCAGCUGAUAUGUUUGAGGGACUUGGAAAUUUGCAGGAAUUGUAUCUUGCAACAAAUCAAUUGUCCAGUCUGCCGGCUAACUUGUUUCAAGGACUUGGUAGCUUGCAGAGGUUGUGGCUUCAACAAAACCAGUUGACUGCCCUACCUGCUGGCAUAUUUGAGGGAUUCAGCAACCUGCAGUACUUGUAUCUUCACGAGAAUCAGUUUUCCAUCCUGCCAACUGAUACAUUUUUGGGACUUGAUAGCCUGCUGCUCUUGUAUCUUGGCCGCAAUCAGUUGUCAAGUCUACAACCUGACAUGUUUGAGGGACUUGACAACCUGCAGCAGUUGUAUCUUUACCAGAAUCAGCUGACCGUCCUGCCAGCAGGCAUAUUUGAAGGACUUAACAGCCUGCACUACUUGUGGCUUGAUCAGAAUCAAUUGCCUAGUCUACCAGCUGGCAUAUUUGAGGGGCUUGGUAGCCUGCAGUACUUGUAUCUUUCCAACAACCCCUGGCAGUGUGACUGCAGAAUGGCUCCUUUUAAGCGAAUGAUGAUGAAUGGAUCAUACCCACUGGCAAACAUUCGAUGUGCUGGGCCUGCUCACCUGGCAGGAAAAGACUUACGACAAGACGUGAGUCUUGCUGACAUGAUCUGUGAAAGGACAACAGUUGGCUACACUUCAAGAAGCACCUCGACUCCUGUUGCUGAGACAGAAGCACUACCGACAACUCAGCCCCAAAUGACAAAAACCAAUGGUGGCACCACGCCUGGUAAGCUCCCUCUGUUUUUCUCACUGCUUUUAUUGAUGGUGGUAGGGGAGAGUGAUAUAAGUAUUUGGAAAUAUCGUCAUCUAAGUGAUACUGUAACUUAAAGGCAAAUGGGAAAGAUGAAGAGAGAGAACCUUCCCCUGUACUGUUGACAUAUCCUGUAUGUAUGUCAUCAAGUGAGAUGUCUGGCAUAAAAGGGCAUAAAGGCUAUGAAAAGUUUAUCUGCUGUCCAUGA